AUGGUUGCACUUUUUCAGGAGAUUGCAGGCAAAAUGCCAGGCGAUGGAUUCACGAUAAAAAGUCGCAUCAGGAGUCUGCUAACUUCUCCGGGGGUCAAACAUAAGAAGAAUGGCAAAGAAAAUCUGAGCAGUAAGGUGACUUUGGAGAAGGUCUUCGGCAUCACCGCUUCAGGAAACACUGGUCUGACAUGUGACCCCAAAUCUGGACUUGUGGCCUAUCCUGCAGGGUGUGCGGUUGUGUUGCUAGACCCCAAAAAGAACAGACAGCAGCACAUCAUCAACACCUCAAAAAAGACCAUCACAGCUCUGUCCUUCUCCCCAGAUGGCAAAUAUUUAGCAACAGGAGAGAGUGGUCACCUUCCCACCGUGAGAUUAUGGGAUGUGGCGGAACAACGGCAGGUUGCAGAGCUGCAGAAACACAAUUACGGCAUCUCCUGCGUGGCCUUCUCCUCCAACAGCAAAUACGUCGUGAGCGUGGGGAACCAGCACGACAUGAUGGUGAACGUCUGGGCGUGGAAGAAAGAUGUUCUUGUCGCUGCCAAUAAGGUGUCCAGUAAGGUGACUGGCGUGUCUUUCUCUGAGGACAACUCCCAUUUUGUCACCGUGGGUAACAGACAUGUCAAGUACUGGUACCUGGAUCACUGCAGGACCAACAAGGCCGAUGCCGUGGUCCCUCUACUCGGCCGGUCCGGGCUGCUCGGAGAACUGAAGAAUAACUUUUUCUACGAUGUGGCUUGUGGGCGGGGUUCUAAAUCUGACUCCACCUACUGCAUUACAACUUCGGGCCUGUUGUGUGAGUUCAACAGCAAGCGGAUGCUGGACAAAUGGGUGGACCUGCGGACGGGCACAGCCCAGUCCCUGAGCUUGUCUGAGGACCUGAUCUUCUGCGGCUGUGCUGACGGAAUGGUGCGAGUCUUCAGGCCAGAUGAUCUGCAUUUCGUCUGCACUCUCCCGCGGCCGCAUUGCCUCGGCUCCGAGGUGGCUGCCGUCGCUGAGGCCAGAUUUUUCCACCUGUUUUCCCCCAGGAUGGAUGCCCAUUAUCCAGACGCCAUUGCUGUUACCUAUGAUCCCAUCAGCCACUGGCUGAGCUGUGUGUACAGUGACCACAGUCUGUAUGUGUGGGAUGUGAGAGAUGUCAGCAGGGUGAGGAAGGUGCACUCUGCCCUCUUCCACGCUGCUUGUGUCUGGGACCUGGAGAUGUUCCCACAUGUUCCUGUAGAAUUUGGUACUGAUCUCGCAUCAGGAAUGUUCUUCUCCUGUUCAGCUGAUAACACCAUCAGACUGUGGCGCAUGGACGAAUGGACACAAACAUAUGUCCAGACUCCAAACGUCCUCACCUGUGAUUUAGUGAAGAUCAUCUACAUAGAUGGGAAUUCUGCUGCUCUGGUUGAUCCAGACUGUGCAUCGCAUGUGAAUGCAGAUAAAUCGGGUGAUGGACAGGCGGCUGAAAACAGGACGGGCAUCAGAGCCAUAUGUGUUAGUGCCGACGGCAAACACCUGGCGUCUGGAGAUCGAAACGGGAUGCUGAGAAUUCACGACCUCCGCAGCAUGGAGGAGAUUCUGAAAGUGGAGGCCCACGAUGCCGAAAUCCUCUGCCUGGAGUACACGAAACCAGAAACCGGUCUGAAGCUGCUGGCCACGGCGAGCAGGGAUCGUCUGAUCCACAUCCUGAAUGCUGAGGAGGACUACAGACUGGUUCAGACACUCGAUGAGCACUCUUCAUCCAUAACAGCUGUCCGCUUCGCUGCCAAUGACAACAAGGUGAAGAUGAUCAGCUGUGGCGCAGACAAGAGCAUCUAUUUCCGUACGGCGCACAGGACUGACAGGGGAUCACACUUCAGGCGCUCUCACCACACAGUGAGGAAGACCACUCUCUAUGACAUGGGCGUAGACCCCACCUGCAAGUACGCAGCUGUUGCCUGCCAGGACCGAUGCAUCAGGAUUUUCAACAUCACCAACGGCAAACAGAAGAAAGUGUACAAAGGAUCGCUGAGCGAAGACGGCAGUCUGCUCAGGGUUCAGAUUGAUCCUUCCGGUCAGUAUGUGGCCACCAGCUGCUCCAAUAAGAACAUCAACAUCUUUGACUUCUACACGGGAGAGUGUGUCGCCACCAUGUUUGGCCACUCUGAGGUUGUCACUGCGAUGAAAUUCACCAAUGACUGCAAAUAUUUGAUUUCAGUGUCAGGUGACAGCUGUGUCUUUGUGUGGCGUCUGGCUGCAGAACUAAUGAGCAUGAGGGAGCGACUCUGCAAACUCAGACCAAACUUUAACACGCCGCCCUUCAAGAUCUCCAGCCUCAGAAGAGAAGUCCACAAUGCACCAACUCUGGGAAGUCUGUCCUCCGACAGCGACCACGAGCAUGAGGACUCCGUAGAGAUCGAUGACCUCAAUGACCUGGAUGUUCGCACAGCCAGCGCUUUGACUGACAGCAGCCGAGAAGACGACGACACGGGUGGUUCAGAUGAAGGACGAGACUGGGAGCUGUCAGAGGGGAUCACCAACCAGGUCAGCCCCGACUCCUCUAAGCGUCCUCGGAGACGCUGGUCUCAUCGUAUGGGCUCGCUGGAGCUGAUGGUUAAAUCCAUGGUGGACCUGACACAACUGGAGACGUUCGCUGACAAGAAGAAACCCGACGGUGCCUCUCGUGACACAAAGCGACACAGCGCGUCCAGCCUGCAGGGUCCCGGGGUGUGGUGGGAGGAAUCUGUGUCGGUCCCUGAGAAGCACGAGGACGAAUCACCUCCACAGUGCAGGAGCCGCACUGCAGAACACGUGGGCAGCGAGCCGCAGGAAUCAGAGCCAGAACAGCCUGAGCCCGACAGUCCUGUUCCAUGGGUGUAUGACAGCAGGGAGUCCAGCCCAGACUAUGUCCUGGAUGAUGUCGGGUCGCCGAGCCAUGGCAGCUCUGACGGGGAACGCGAGAACAAGGGAGACACAGACGUGACGGAUAUGGACGAGGCCCUGAGGAUGGUGACUGAAACGGCUGACCACCAUCGCGAGGAUUUCCUCAAAGUGAACUUCGAGACGCUGGCAGACAGUUGCAGCACAGGUGAGCAGAGCCAACUCCCGAGGCUCAGUAUGUCUUCACGGUUCCUGGCCAGAGGACAUAAUAACAGGGCGAUGCCUCUUUUUGCAAAGGUACAUGGAAAUGUGCAAGGCAGCCAUUCUGCUCAGCCUUUGAUGGAAGAUGUAGAGGGCAGUCGAACUGAAAGCAAGAAGACGGCUUUAUCUUCUGGCAGGACCCACCGCCCAAACAGGACUGAUGUCGACGGGGACCGUGCUGCUUCAUGCAGAGCCCCGAACACCAAGAAGACUCCACAGACCCGCCUGUGGAGGAUAUCGAACCCGCCGCCAACGUCACCGUCGCUGUUUGACAGAGCGACUUUGCAGAAAUCUCACUCGGCCCAAAACCUGGCUUCAGACUCUCUCUGCUCACCUCUGCCCUCUAGUGACAGAAGGGAGUUCCAUCAGAGACCUCGGCAACUCUCAAUCAGUCGCGACUUGUCUCGAUUGUCUCCCCUCCACGUCUCGUCGCCUCCCACCGGGUCCCCACAGUCCCCUCAGUCGCCCCUGCUGUGGGAGGUUCCUACAGUAAAGCCUCAGCACUCCUACAUGAGCCCCACAGCCAGUUCCACAGCCAAGAGCAGCCAUUCUCCCUGUUUGGGGAAGUUGCCCCAAAGCACCCCGUCUUCCUCCCCUUCAUUUCCCAAGCGAAGGACAUCAUUGGGAGAGCCGGAGGCAGAGCCUCCGGUGCUGACCUCAUCACCUGUAUCCACCUUCCUCUCCUCUCUCCUAUCCGACGCUCUACCCAGCAGUCCCUCCCAAACCCCUCUGUGUCCCACUGCAUCACCAAAUCCUGGCACACAUCUGACCCAGCUCGUCCCGCCGUCCCGCAUCCCGCUUCAGCAGCCGCUCAGCCCUCGGCGCAGCCUGUGUAUAGAGGUGAAGCCCGACUCCGGGUGUUCCGGAGGUUCGACGAGGGUUUUGACUCCAGGUGUAGACCCCGGUUGUGAUAUUGCACCAAAUCAAGGAAAGAGAUCAGGUUAG